AGGUGGCGUGGCACUGUGUCUGAGUCCCCAAGGAAGACGAAAUGGUGAGGCUUUGGUGAGGUUCGAAUCUGAGGAGCACAGGGAGCUGGCCUUGAAGAGACACAAGCACCACAUGGGUCAGCGUUAUAUCGAAGUCUACAAGGCAAUGGGCAAGGACUUUAUCGAUGUCGCAGGAGGAAGUAACUCAGAAGCUCAGGCAUUCUUGUCUCGAGGUAGCCAGGUGAUCAUCAGAAUGAGGGGCCUACCGUUCACAUGCACAACUCAGCAAGUGUUGGAAUUUUUCAGCCAGGAACCUAAUUCCUCCCAAGUUCUUGAUGGAGAAGAUGGAGUUUUGUUUGUCCACUACCCAGAUGGACGGAGCACCGGAGAUGCAUUUGUUCUGUUUGCCACAGAAGUGGAAUCAGAGACGGCGUUGAAAAAGCACAGAGAAAUGAUGGGAUCUCGAUAUAUUGAGUUGUUUAAAAGUACGACAGCAGAGGUUCAACAAGUACUAAAUAGAAGCAUGGAUCCACGGAACCCAGAGCAGGCAGGAACUCAGGGCACAUCUGUCAUCACUCACCUUCCCUCAGGAGUACAGAUUGUGCCUCAGUCUCUGAUCACCAGCGGUUCUCAGAAAGACUGUAUACGACUGAGGAAUCUGCCUGCUGCUGCACAAGUCACCGACAUCCUGGCCUUCCUUGGGGAGUUCUCCCAGUUUAUUGUCUACCAGGGAGUCCACAUGGUGUAUACUGCUGCUGGUGAACCCUCAGGAGAAGCAUUUAUCCAGCUGGACUCGGAGGAAGCAGCGACCAUGUCUGUGAUCAGCCGACACAAGCGACCCAUGACCUUCACCAACAAGAAACGGGUGAUUGAUGUGAUCCAGUGUAGCGGAAACGACAUGAGUCUUGUGUUGACCAGUGGCAUGCCCCAGAUGCCCAUCCCACUUCCAGCCAUGUUACCUGCUCCUCAGAUUCCUCCGCCUUCCCAGAUCAGCUUUCAGAGUCCACUGCUAACACCAG